CCACUUUUAAUUGAAGGAAGUUGCUUCUGUUUGGAGGUGGCUGGAGAAGUGAGAAAACCACAUGGAAGACUCCCAGGACUUAAAUGAGCAAUCAGUAAAGAAAACGUGCACAGAAUCCGACGUUUCAGAAGCUCAGAAUUCCAGGUCUAUGGAAAUGCAGGACCUCGCAAGUCCUCAUCCUCUUGUUGGAAGUGGUGAUACUCCUGGUAGCUCCAAACUGGAGAAGGCUAAUCUCAGCAGCACAUCUGUCACCACAAAUGGCACAGGAGUGUCUCUCCUUGCAGUCAAAACAGAGCCUUUGAACAGCAGCGAAGCGGCAACCACCACUGGAGAUGGAACCCUUGACACUUUUACUGGGUCAGUAAUAACAAGUAGUGGCUACAGCCCCAGAUCAGCGCAUCAAUAUUCCCCACAGCUCUAUCCUUCCAAGCCCUAUCCACACAUUCUUUCUACACCAGCAGCUCAAACAAUGUCUGCCUACGCAGGCCAGACUCAGUAUUCGGGGAUGCAGCAGCCAGCCGUCUACACAGCCUACUCACAGACAGGACAGCCCUACAGCCUGCCCACAUACGAUCUGGGCGUGAUGUUGCCGGGCAUCAAGACAGAGAGCGGACUUUCACAGACUCAGUCCCCGUUACAGAGUGGGUGCCUCAGCUACAGCCCGGGGUUUUCUACCCCACAGCCAGGCCAGACGCCUUAUUCUUACCAGAUGCCAGGUUCUAGUUUUGCGCCAUCAUCUACUAUUUAUGCAAAUAAUUCAGUCUCCAAUUCAACGAAUUUUAGUGGUUCACAACAGGAUUACCCAUCCUACACAGCCUUUGGCCAAAACCAGUAUGCCCAGUAUUACUCAGCAUCCACGUAUGGAGCAUAUAUGACAUCAAAUAACACGGCGGCUGAUGGCACAUCAUCCUCGACCUCAACCUAUCAGUUGCAGGAAUCUCUCCCGGGACUGACUAGCCAACCAGGAGAGUUUGAUACCGUGCAGAGCCCCUCCACACCUAUCAAAGAUCUUGAUGAGAGAACAUGCAGGAGUUCUGGGUCAAAAUCCCGAGGAAGAGGCCGGAAAAAUAAUCCCUCCCCGCCUCCUGACAGUGACCUGGAGCGUGUGUUUGUCUGGGACUUGGAUGAAACCAUCAUUGUUUUCCACUCACUGCUCACAGGGUCUUAUGCCCAGAAGUAUGGCAAGGAUCCCCCCAUGGCUGUAACCCUGGGACUCCGAAUGGAGGAAAUGAUUUUUAAUCUUGCUGAUACACAUUUAUUUUUUAAUGAUUUAGAGGAGUGUGAUCAAGUUCAUAUAGAUGAUGUUUCCUCUGAUGAUAAUGGGCAGGACUUAAGUACCUACAGUUUUGCAACUGAUGGCUUCCAUGCAGCUGCAAGUAGUGCAAACCUUUGUUUGCCAACAGGUGUAAGAGGAGGGGUUGACUGGAUGAGGAAGUUGGCUUUUCGUUACAGAAGAGUAAAAGAAUUAUACAACACCUACAAGAACAAUGUUGGAGGACUCCUUGGCCCUGCCAAGAGAGAUGCAUGGCUACAGUUAAGGGCAGAGAUCGAAGGUCUGACAGACUCCUGGCUAACAAAUGCACUUAAAUCUUUAUCAGUUAUUAGUACUAGGAGUAACUGCGUAAAUGUCUUGGUAACGACAACCCAACUGAUCCCAGCACUCGCGAAGGUUCUACUCUAUAGUUUAGGAGGUGCUUUCCCCAUUGAGAAUAUUUACAGUGCAACUAAAAUAGGAAAAGAAAGUUGCUUUGAACGAAUAAUGCAAAGGUUUGGCAGAAAAGUAGUAUAUGUUGUAAUUGGGGAUGGUGUAGAAGAAGAACAGGCAGCAAAAAAGCACAACAUGCCCUUUUGGAGGAUAUCAAGUCACUCAGACCUCUUGGCUCUGCAUCAAGCACUGGAAUUAGAGUAUUUGUAA